CUCCUGGUAAUACUCAUCAUCCCUUCUGACCUCUUCAUCUUCAUCUUCUCAUUCUUCUCAUCUCCAUGUUUAUUUUAGUCUCCAAUCAAAUUACACUUAUUUCCUUUUCCUCUCUUCCUUAGAGACAGACAAAAUUACAAACAAACAAGAAGAAAUUCACCAUUUUUUUUUUUAUCAUGUGACACAAUUUUGUAUCCAACAACUUAAAUUUACUCUUGUCAUCUUCUUCUUCAUGGAGUGUCGUUUCUUUUGUUAUUUUCUUCAAAAGUUCAUCUCGGGCUGUGAAAGGUGAUAACGAAUACGUUGGCAGCUUACACUUUUUUUAUCACAGACGGACAAGAACGAACAGAGACAGAUAAAUUGAGAAGAUUUAAUGGCGAAAGAUUAUAGUGGUGGAUCUCCCAAGCAUCACCAUUUGGAACAAAAACGAAAACGCUUAACAUGGAUUCUAGGUGUUAGUGGCCUUUGUGUUCUAUUCUACGUUCUGGGAGCUUGGCAAAACACAAACACCACUGUAACCGAUAAAUCCGAGCUCUCCAAUAAAGCUGGAUGUGAUGUUACGAAUCCGACAGCAACGAAAUCUCAAACCAGCGUGCUUCCGUCGUCGACAUCUUCAUCUGCAUCUCUGGAUUUCGAAGCUCAUCACAUGAUUGGUAUCAAUGAAACAAGUACAUCAAUUCAAAAAAUUCCAGCUUGUGAGAUGUCGUACAGUGAGUACACUCCGUGUCAACACGCACCGAGGUCGAGAAAGUUUGAUAGGGCAAUGUUGAAAUACAGAGAGCGACAUUGUCCUACUAAAGAGGAGCUUUUGCUUUGCUUGAUACCUCCACCGCCGAAGUAUAAGAACCCUUUCAAAUGGCCACAGAGUAGGGAUUAUGCUUGGUUUGAUAAUAUCCCUCAUAAGGAGCUUAGUAUUGAGAAGGCAGUUCAGAACUGGGUUCAAGUUGAAGGUGACCGGUUGCGGUUCCCGGGAGGAGGCACUAUGUUCCCGCGCGGAGCUGAUGCUUAUAUCGAUGACAUUAACGAACUCAUUCCUCUGACAAAAGGGAAAAUCAGGACUGCAAUCGAUACGGGUUGUGGAGUUGCAAGUUGGGGUGCAUAUUUACUUAAGAGGGACAUUUUGACAAUGUCAUUUGCACCAAGAGAUACACAUGAGGCGCAGGUUCAAUUCGCGCUGGAACGGGGAGUUCCAGCUAUGAUAGGUAUCAUGGCCACACAGCGACUCCCUUACCCAGCAAGAGCUUUCGAUAUGGCUCACUGCUCACGUUGCUUGAUCCCUUGGCACCAAUACGAUGGAAUGUAUCUGAUUGAAGUGGACAGAGUUUUGAGACCCGGCGGUUACUGGAUUCUUUCUGGUCCACCGAUCAAUUGGAAGAAAUACUGGAGAGGUUGGGAGAGAACACAAGAAGAUCUUAAACAAGAACAAGAUUCAAUUGAGGAUGUUGUCAAGCGUCUUUGCUGGAAGAAGGUCGUAGAGAAGGGUGAUCUCUCCAUUUACCAGAAACCACUCAACCACAUUGAGUGUGUAAAGAGCAGGAAGACGUUUAAAACACCACAUAUAUGCAAGGCAGACGCCGCGGAUAAUGGCUGGUACACAAAUAUGGAGAAAUGCAUAACACCACUACCAGAGGUAAGCAGUUCAGAUGAAGUUGCUGGCGGGGCAGUUGAGAAAUGGCCUGAACGUGCAUUUGCGCUUCCUCCAAGAAUCAGUAGCGGCUCAAUUCCAGGAAUCAAUGCUGAGAAGUUCCGGGAAGAUAAUGAGCUGUGGAAGGACCGCGUGUCACAUUACAAGAGAAUUAUGAGUCCACUAGCUCAAGGCCGAUACCGGAACAUAAUGGACAUGAAUGCUUACCUUGGUGGAUUUGCAGCUGCUGUGAUGAAAUAUCCAGUGUGGGUCAUGAAUGUGGUUCCUUCAAAUUCAAAUCACGAUACUCUCGGUGUUAUUUACGAGCGAGGAUUCAUUGGAACGUACCAGGAUUGGUGUGAGGCUUUCUCAACAUACCCAAGAACUUAUGAUCUCAUCCAUGCUGCUGGUGUUUUCAGCAUCUACCAGGACAGGUGCGACAUAACAUACAUUCUGCUGGAGAUGGACAGGAUAUUAAGGCCAGAAGGAUCAGUGAUAUUCAGGGAUACAGUAGAAGUGCUAGUGAAGAUACAAAGCAUAACGGAGGGAAUGAGAUGGAAGAGUCAGAUUAUGGAUCAUGAGAGUGGACCUUUCAACCCUGAGAAAAUUCUUGUCGCAGUCAAGACUUACUGGACUGGUUGAGCUUUCAAAGAGCUAUUACUACUCAAAUGCCUUGUAAACUAGGAGAUUUCUGUUCUUUUUUCAGCUUACAAGGCAGAUAAAGAGUUUGAGUAAUAGCUCUUUCAGAUUUUUGUUUUUGGUUUUCGAUCUUUUUUUAUGUCAUCGUUGAGAUCCUGUGAUUAUUGGGUUUCACUUAUAUGCAAUUGUUUGGAUUUAUUCCUUA